AUGCGGGCUGCCGCCUGCCUCCUCUGCCUGGCGCUCGGCGCCCUGACAGCGGCCCCAGGCGCCGGGCCGGCGGCGGCGGCGGGGCGGCGGGGCCAGAGCCCCUUCGCGGAGCGAGAGAGCAUCAGGCCCCUGCGGCUGGUCUCCGGCGAGGGCGGCGGCGGGGCGCGGUGGCCGGCGCUGAGCACGCGGGUGCGGAGCGAGGCGGCGCGGGCACAGUCUACCCACAUUGCUCGAGCCAGCUUCCAGGUUGAUGCUUUUGGAUCAUCUUUCAUCUUAGAUGUGACACUAAACCAUGACUUGCUGUCUUCUGAAUAUCUUGAGAGGCAUAUUGAGCAAGGUGGGAAGACAGUGGAAGUUAAAGGAGGAGAACAUUGCUAUUAUCAGGGAAAAAUUCGAGGAAAUCCUGUAUCAUUUGUUGCCUUGUCAACAUGCCAUGGAUUACAUGGGAUGUUCUAUGAUGGAAAUCAUACUUACCUUAUUGAACCAGAUGAAAACUACACUUCAGAUGAUGACUUCCAUUUCCACUCUGUUUACAAAUCCAAGUUGUUUGAAUUUCCUUCAGUCGACCUGCCAUCUGAGUUCUGGCAGAUGAAUACUACAUCACAGAAUUUUGUUGUAAGGCCACGACACAAAAGAAGGAAAAGGCAGGUUCGUCAAAUUCCACGUAAAGUUGAAGAGGAAACAAAAUACAUUGAGUUGAUGAUUGUAAAUGAUCAUCUAAUGUGUAAAAAGCACCGUUUGUCAGUCGGCCAUACCAACAGCUAUGCUAAAUCAGUUGUGAACAUGGCAGAUUUAAUAUAUAAAGAACAACUUAACACCAGGAUAGUAUUGGUUGCCAUGGAAACCUGGGCUACUGAUAACAAGUUCACCAUAUCUGAAAACCCCUUGGUGACUCUACGUGAGUUUAUGAAAUAUAGGAGGGAUUUUAUCAGAGAGAAAAGUGAUGCAGUUCACCUUUUUUCGGGGAGUCGAUUUCAGAGCAGUCGAAGUGGUGUAGCCCACACUGGUGGAAUCUGCUCCUUGCUUAAAGGCGGAGGUGUGAAUGAGUUUGGAAAGCCAGACUUAAUGGCAGUUACCUUGGCUCAGACCUUGGCCCAAAACAUUGGCAUCUUCUCAGACAGAAGAAAACUUCUAAGUGGUGAGUGUAAGUGUGAGGACAUGUGGUCUGGAUGCAUAAUGGGAGAUAUGGGGUACUAUCUUCCAAGCAAGUUUUCCGAGUGUGAUAUUGAAGAGUAUCAUGAAUUUUUAAACAAUGGAGGAGGAGCCUGCCUUUUCAAUAAACCAACCAAACUUCUGGAUCCUCCAGAAUGUGGCAAUGGCUUUGUGGAAGAUGGAGAGGAAUGUGACUGUGGGACAAUAACAGAGUGUGCCAGUGAAGGAGGAGAGUGCUGCAAUACCUGCACCCUGACUGCAGGCUCCCAGUGCAGCAACGGGCUCUGCUGUCGGAAGUGCCGGUUUGAACCUAAAGGAGUUUUGUGUCGAGAAGCAGUGAAUGAUUGUGAUAUUGCAGAGAAUUGCACAGGAAAUUCCAGCCAGUGUUCUCCUAAUAUCCAUAAAAUGGAUGGAUACUCAUGUGAUAACAGACAGGGUAUUUGCUUCGGAGGAAGAUGUAAAACCAGAGACAGGCAAUGUAAAUAUAUCUGGGGUGAAAAAGUGACGGCUGCUGACAGGUACUGCUAUGAGAAGCUUAAUAUUGAGGGGACUGAGAAAGGAAACUGUGGAAGAGACAAGGACUCUUGGAUACAGUGCAAUAAACAAGAUGUGCUUUGUGGCUACCUUCUGUGCUCCAAUAUAUCCAGUGUGCCCAGACUUGGAGAACUUGAUGGUGAAAUCACAACAUCAAUCUUGCACUAUGGAAAAGUCUACAAUUGCAGCGGUGGCCACGUGAGGCUGGAUGAGGACACGGACCUGGGCUACGUGGAGAACGGGACGCCGUGCGGGCCGGACAUGGUGUGCCUGGACCAUCGCUGCCUCCCCGCCGAGGCCUUCAACUUCAGCACCUGCCCGGGCACGGCCGGCAGCCACGUCUGCUCAGGACAUGGGGUUUGUAGCAAUGAAAUAAAGUGUGUCUGUGACCGAUUCUGGGGAGGAGAUGACUGCAGUUCUCGCAUCAAAGACGAUCUAUUUUUUGAUAAAGAUGCCAUCAAUAAAGGUGUGGUUAGCACAAACAUAAUAAUAGGGGCAAUUGCUGGCACCAUUUUAGUGUUGGCUCUCGUUUUAGGAAUAACUGGUUGGGGUUACAAAAACUACAGAAGACAGAGACAAAUACCCCAGGGAGAUUAUGUAAAAAAGCCGGGAGAGGCCGACUCUUUUUAUAGCGACAUGCCUCCUGGAGUCAGCACAAACUCUGCAUCUAGUUCUAAGAAGAGGUCUGCUUUUCUGUCGCAUUUUCAGAUUUCUACCUGUUCCAUCACCCAUUAUUCCAUUAGUCAGAACAUUUCAUUGUUUUGCAGCAGGUCAAAUGGAUUAUCUCAUUCCUGGAGUGAAAGGAUCCCAGACACAAAACAUAUUUCAGACAUUUGUGAAAAUGGGAGGCCUAGGAGUAAUUCUUGGCAAGGUAAUAUAGGAGGAAACAGAAAGAAAGUCAGAGGCAAAAGAUUUAGGCCACGGUCUAAUUCAACUGACCGGGUAACCCAUGCAUCUGAGCCUGGGCUUUCUCUCGCCCACCAAAUCCCUGCCCAAGGCAUAAGCCCAGGGGGUUCCGACCACCCCCAAACAGGGAGUCGGGAUCAAAGGUAUUUAAACCCAUGGUUCAAAAGAGAAUAUAAUGUAGCUAAGUGGGUAGAAGAUGUGAAUAAAAACACAGAAGGACCAUACUUUAGGACACUGUCUCCUGCAAAGUCUCCGUCUUCAUCCACUGGAUCUAUUGCUUCCAGCAGAAAAUACCCUUACCCGAUGCCACCACUUCCUGAUGAAGAGAAAAAAGUCAACAGGCAAAGUGCCAGGCUAUGGGAGACAUCCAUCUAG